AUGAAGAAAGAUGAAGUUAUAAAAGUAAGUCAAUGUAUACAGUGAAGUGAUAAAGUACUAACUAGUACAUGAUAACGUUCUAAUUAGUACUUUAUUAUAUAUUCUUUUAUUGAGUAAAAUUUUAGACAUUACUGAGUGCGAUAACACUUGUUUUUCAAGACUUUGAGAGUAGAUAUUCAGGAUAUUCGCUGGAAGCAACGUUGAAAUACCGCGAACCUUAUGGUAAGAAGCCUAUAAUGUUAUUUUGUAACUAUGAAGUUUUAUUAGGAGUGGUUUACUAUAAAUACAAUUGUUUUGUUUUAGAUUGUGUUCUUAAUUUGGUUUAUUUUAGUGUUGGAAACGACGACAGUUAUUGAAUAUACGGCAAAGAUUACAUACAAGGACCAAAAAGUGUUGUGGACUUGGACGGAGCCAGUGUAAGUGUUAUACAAGGCUAUAAUAUAGAUUAUUUAGACUAAUAUAAUAUUUGAUGUGUCUAAUAUAAUAUCCAUUGAGUCUACUGUACUGUCUACUAUAAUAUCUACUAUAAUAUUUUUUAUUUAGAGUUUUGAUCCGAUCAAGUUCUCACAACAAAAAAGAUGUUAUUAAUGGCAAUGGUUAUGUCUUUAGCCAUCUUGGGAAGCGCGAAUUUAUUUCUGGUAUUUUUUUUUAAAUUUUUUUGUAAUUUUACUAUAUUAUUAUUGAUUUGUUGUUUUAAGUAACAGUAGGUGUCGUAUGUUUACCUUUUUUCUUAUUGUUUUAGUCGGAGAUUACUUGUACAACUCGUCCUUGGUAUCGAAAAACUUGAUAGAAAUGGUUAUUGAAGCCGACAAUUUUCCCGAUUUUCGAUUUGUGUCAGACGGCUUCAAUUUGUUGUAUAUUGUAAGUAAAUGAUUUUUAUUAGUACUUUUUGUAAAUUUCUUAACUAAACUACGUGAAUUCUCUUAACAAGGUUCAAAUUGAUUAUAGAAAGGUACCAAUUUGGUGUUAUCAGACUAUCUGACCUGUACCCGAGAACGAGUGGUAUGUGGGAAUCUAGAUGAAGAAGUGAUUGGGUUUGAUGAAGCAGAAUUCAAUGUUAUUGUCAAAGAAGCAGAUGGCACUUACUCCAAGUUGUUCAUAUAUGACUCUUGUUCCAAAAAAGUGAUUGAACCUGACAGUGACUUGCACAAGAUCGCUCUUUAUCUUAUCAAUCCAGGCAACAAUCAUAUUGAGUCGCAGUGGUACAAUUUGGUGGGUUUUAGUUGAAAAAGGUAGCGUCAACAAGUACUACAUAUAUAGGCGAUGUUAAUAUGUAGUGUGGAAGAGAAUAUAGUAGUUUGGAAGACAAUAAGUUAUGUUAAUAUGCUUAAAAUAAUCUUGAAUUCACCGUUGUCUAAUGUAACUAUCUUUUAAGCGUCACAUUGCUUUGUUCUCACCCAAUUCGGUUGAUCAACUCGCCGCAGGCCAUUUGAUGAAGUUCAAGGUUAGUCCACUGAAGAACGACGUCCAACUGUGCCAAGAUCUUUCCAAAUACCUCCGUCAACUCAUUGCCUACUUGACCGUCGUUCAGAUCGUAAUCCACAUGUGGUUUGUGGUUGCUGUCAUUCUAGUGUUCGUUAUUAUAUAUGGCAAUUUGAAGGUGUUCAAGGUUCUGAAGAAGAAGUUACUCCGUGCUAAACGAAGAGAAAAGGAGGCCGAUAUCGACCGGAGGUUGGCGGCAAGUACCAGUACCGAAGAUGGAUAUGAAUAA